AAUAUCUAGUUCCUGAUCAUCAUCCGCUUGUCCCAAUUCAUCACAAUAAAAUACCUAAAAUCACCCCCAUCAUGUCAUCCUUUUUAACUCCCUCAAAACCAGUAAAAUCAAAAUUACCUUCUUUUUAAAAAAAUGGCAUCAAUUUCAACAUGCUUCAAAAUCACACUUAAACCCUACUAUCACUACACUUUAAACCUUCCCGCCAAAUCAACAAUUAAGCUUCAAAAUCACCACAUUUCUCGGACCACUAAAUCUCUGAAACUAACAUCCAAACAGUCUUAUUAUAUAACUAAUGUUAGGAAUUUCUGUACGGAAAUUAGGGCUAGUUUUGAUGUGGAAGAUAGGGUUAGUUACGGGAGGAUAAUCGAGAGCGAUAAGUUAGCGACGGAUGUACGGAAACGGACGAUGGAAGCUGUAGAUAGUUAUGGAAGGAGAGUGACUGUUGGUGACGUGGCAAGUAAGGCUGGGAUUAAGUUGACUGAAGCUCAGAAAGCCUUACAGGCAAUUGCUGCUGAUACUAAUGGCUUUUUACAGGUUUCAGAUAAAGGUGAUGUUCUUUAUGUGUUUACAAAAGAUUAUCGUUCAAAGCUUGCAGCUAGGUCACUUUGGAUAAGAACAGAGCCUUAUCUUGAGAAGACAAAGUCUGUUGCUGAAUACUUGGUCAGAGUUACCUUUGGAACAGCAUUAAUUGCUUCCAUUCUUAUUGUUUUUACUGCAAUCAUUGCUAUUCUCACAAGUUGUAGUGAUAAAGAUGAUCGGAAGAGAAGCAGAGGAAUUUCUUUUGGUUCACUACUCGAUUUGUAUCCUAGUCGAUCUGAGUUGUUCUGGUAUUGGGAUCCAUAUUAUCAUCGAAGGCAGCGAGAUCGAUAUGGAAAUAGUGGAAUGAGUUUCAUUGAACCUGUCUUUUCUUUUGUGUUUGGUGAUGGUGAUCCAAAUGAAAGUAUUGAAGAAGCAAGGUGGAAGCUGAUUGGUCAGUACAUUGGAUCAAAUGGCGGUGUUGUUACAGCAGAGGAACUUACUCCAUAUCUUGAUGUAGAAACUGCACAGAGGACGGAUGAUGACUCAUACAUAUUACCUGUUCUUCUGCGUUUCAAUGGUCAACCACAAGUGGAUGAAGAGGGGAAUAUCUUGUAUCGCUUUCCAUCACUUCAACGUACAGCUGCUUCGGAGAGGGAUAAAAAGAAAGAGUUGGGUAGACAGUUUAGUGAACGGGUUGGAGGCACUAAUUUCAUAAAGGAAAAAAAAUGGACUUUCAGCAAAAUUAGCGAUUCAGAGAUGACUGUGGUUGGUGGUUUGGGCGGACUUAAUCUCUUUGGGGUGAUUGUUCUUGGUGCCAUGCUAAAGGAUUUGACGAUCACCGAACCAAACGGAUUCAUUUCAUUUGUAAUUAAAAUCUUCCCUCUUCUUCAGAUCUAUGCUGCCUCCUUUUUUGUUAUACCUUUGGUACGAUGGUAUUUUAUUCGAAAAACAAAUGUUGAAAUAGAAAAGCGGAACAGAGCUAGAGAGCUGCGUGCAAGAGCACUUGAAUUGGCAGAUGUCUCUCUCAGGCGAAAGAUUCUCAGUGCUCGAAACAUGUCUGAGAGGACUGUAAUUGGCGAUGAUCAGAUUGUUUACACUACUGAAAAAGACGUUCUUGAACAAGAGUAUGAUUCACAGGAGUGGGAUAGGAGAUUCAUGGAUAUCAAGAAAUUUGAUUGAUAGAUUGAAAUUUUGCACAGGUAAAGAUAGUGCUUACACUGAAAAGGAACUAACUGUAACAAGUCAGCAAGUUAGUGUUGCUUUGUAGUGAUUUAAACUUAAAAUCGGACUCUGACAUCAAUCUAAAGCAUUGUCAGUUUCUGAUGAAAUUUUAGGCCUCCUUUUGUAUAUGGCACCUUUUGUAAAGCUUAAUACCUUUGGUUUAAUAUCCAACUUUUUACUUUUUAGUAUUUGAUGGUAAAAACUAAAUAUUG